GAAACAUUGCCUUGUAAAUACGUCCUCGGCACACUGCUAAGUGAUUAAUUGCUCUAAUCGACGGCCCACAAGACCAGAUUUGUCACUUUUUCCCCCAGGACAGGCAUGUAUCAUAAUGGCUAGUAAAACAAAGUGAAAAAGAAAGGGUAGAGAUGAAGGAAAAGGGCGUCAACAAGUGUAGCCUUGCUCGGCUGUGUGGUGGAAAUGAACCUGUUAGCUUCAUUAUGGUUAGCAUGUGUAUAUUUCAAGGGACUUGUACUGUUGUGUACCAGUAAAAUACAGUAUUUCUCAACUGCAUAGUAUGCACUUUAUAUAACUCACUUGGGUUUUAAAUGUGGCGUACUGUAGACGAUUUUCGUAGCCAAUCAACAUUGUAUUGUUUUGCGUGCAGUUCAGUUUUUUGGUCACUAGAGGGCAACCUUUUCUAACCUAGAUGGCAUGGUUUGCAAGCGCAGUGAUGUUUUUGUGACACAAGUGACCUUCAAACUUGCUACAGUGCCUACCCACCACAGUAAGACAACAAUAUAUAUAUAUAUAUAGGUAUGAAUAAACAACUUCCACUUGGUGAUAGCUUUAAUUUGGGAAUCAAUGUUGUGCUGCCAUGAUACAUAAAAUGCACUCCAUUUAAAGUCUUACUUUAAAUAAAAACAAUCUAAAACCUAUUAUUACAGCAAAAGCAUGCACUUAGAAGUUAAUACUUUAUGAUGAUGUUGUCUGUGAAGAUAGGUGAAGAGAGUGUGUUUUGCAUGCACAAACUUUAGCCUUUGUCCUUGCGUAGGGCAACCAAGGGUGACAGGCUUCAUAAAUGAUGGUUUUGCCCGGUCUGCUUUGCUGCACCUGAGAGCAGUUUGUUCUAGUGGUUUCCUCUCUGUCAUGAAGCUUUUUUUUGUUGUUUUUGCAUUGCGAUGCAGGAAGUUGGCGAAGCACUCACCCCGCUCGGUUUCGCUCAGGUGUGGUAUCGCUCACAUGCCAUUAGGCUCAUUAAUGGAGCCAUUCAGGAGAUUAGAAAGACCCUCGGCAGGCAGUGAGUGGGGGUAUUUAGAUUGGGACUCUUGGAUUGAUGUGAAGUUACAGAGACACUGAAAGCAGCAGUCAAAAUAUGUAAAAAAAAUAAAAAUUCCCAGAUAAUUAAUCACAAUUAAACUAUGGCCUUUUUAAAAGCUUUAUAGCUGUACAUGCAAUGUUUAAACCGUGGUAGAAAAAUAGAAAAAAAGAAAAUUGCAUGCAAAAUGCGACCAUCUCACGUUUUGAGCAUCUUUUCCUGACAUUGUCUGCCUUGAGGGGUGUUGGACUGUAUGUAAAAUGUGUUUGUUGCAAACAUCCUGCAUGACUAAGGGGGUCAAAGGUUGUCUUCCUUUCAUGGGCCGCCAUGUUUUUAUGGUCUCGUCUAGCGCUGAUACUACUGGAAACACACAUCACUCAUUGCCACGCGUCCAUUCUUCCUGCCCGCCCUCCAGUGCCACAAAGCAUCUUAUCUGCAGCAAACCCUUUAUGGACCAUCAUCUCAUAAUCCUGCAUCUUUACUGCCUUCGCUCUGUGCUGCUGUCAAGGAUAAGAGGAUGCUCCGGCUCAAGGUGUGCUAUUGGGACGAAGCGGUGCAGGUGCUAUCAGACAGCUGACAUCCCUGCAGCAGGAGCUCCUCAGCGCCCUGCUGGACUCCGGGGUCACCAGGGAGGUUCUGAUCCAAGCCCUGGACGACAUGGACCCUCACAUCCCGGCAGCCGGCUUCGGGGUCAAACUUGAGAGCUUGCCCCUGUCGCCCUCCCACAAGGGCAGCGGCGCCGAGUGCGACUCGAAGCCCGUCUUUCACACGCUCACCAACGGCCACGGCAAGGCCAAGCUGUCCGGGGACGAGGGCUCCGAGGACGGCGACGACUACGACACGCCGCCCAUCCUCAAGGAACUCCAGUCGCUCAACACCGAGGAGGCGGCCGAGCAGAGGGCCGAGGUGGAGCGCAUGUUGGCAGAGGAUCCAUGGCGGGCCGCCCGCAUGAUCAAAGGUUACAUGCAGCAGCACAAUAUUCCCCAGCGGGAGGUGGUGGACAUCACCGGGCUCAACCAGUCGCACCUCUCCCAGCACCUCAACAAGGGUACGCCCAUGAAGACGCAGAAGAGAGCGGCCCUCUACACUUGGUAUGUGCGCAAGCAGCGGGAGAUCCUCAGACAGUUCAACCAGGCAGUUCAAGGUUCUGGCAGCAAUAUGACAGACAAAGGCAAUCAGGAUCCGGUGUUUUUUUUCCCAGAGUUCAACCCUUCCGGUCAGGGCAUGGGUCAGGCCGGCGAAGAGGUCGGUAGCGAGCCCUCCUGCAAAAAAAUGAGACGUAACCGUUUCAAAUGGGGGCCCGCGUCGCAGCAGAUCCUCUACCAGGCCUAUGAGAGGCAGAAGAAUCCCAGCAAGGAGGAGAGGGAGGCUCUGGUGGAGGAGUGCAACAGAGCCGAAUGUCUCCAGAGGGGCGUGUCCCCGUCCAAAGCCCAAGGACUGGGCUCCAAUCUGGUCACAGAGGUGCGUGUGUACAAUUGGUUCGCCAACCGACGCAAGGAGGAGGCCUUCCGGCAGAAGCUGGCCAUGGACGCCUACAGUACACCCACGCACAGCAUCAACCCUCUGCUGUCCCACGGCUCGCCGCAUCACCCGCAGACCAGCACUUCACCACCAAUGCGAUACAGCCAGGGUCCCGGCGAGGUCACGUCCUCCACCAGCAUCAGCCACCAUGUCAGCAGUGCCAUGGCCACCACCCAGUCAGCGCUCCAGGAGGUUUCUCCGGGAGGACUGGACCCCAGCCACAGUCUGCUGUCACCCGACGCCAAGAUGAUCUCAGGUUCGGGCGGAGGCCUACCCCCAGUGAGCACGCUGACCAACAUCCACAGUUCUCAUCACAGCCACCAGCAGACACAAAACCUCAUCAUGCCUCUCUCUGGAGUCAUGGCCAUCGCACAGAGUAUGUCCUCCCUACCACAAGCAGCAUAUUUUGUCUUUUGGGUCUUCCUGUGUGAUGAACCGCAUGAUGCUUCGCUGCCAGGUUUAAACACGUCGCAGUCUCAGACGGUGCCGGUGAUCAACAGCGUGGCGGGCAGCUUGGCGGCGCUGCAACCCGUCCAGUUCUCCCAGCAGUUGCACAGUCCGCACCAGCAGAGCCUGAUGCAGCAGUCGCCCAGUCACAUGAGCCAGCAGCCCUUCAUGGCCACCGUCACACACUCGCACAUGUACCCUCACAAGCAGGAGCCUCCCCAAUAUUCCCACCCGUCGCGCUUCCCCUCGGCCAUGGUGGUGACCGACGCCAACAGCAUCAGCACACUCAGCUCCAUGUCCUCCAGCAAGUCGGACGCUCCAGUAAACAAGAUGGUGCAACUCGGGAGUCUCUCCUGGGUAAAUACUGUUUUAUUAGUUGAGUUUGUCACCCCCCACCCCUCAAGAAAUGCUCUCUAUGUGGGACAAAAGGAUAGGUGGCACACUCCUCUCCUCCAUCCUUCCAUUUCCUCUCCAAUCACUGGCUAGCUCCUUCAAGCUGAACGUGCCGUGAUUGAUGCCACCCUCCUUUCCAGCAGGAAAUGAGCCACGCUCUUCUAAUCAAACUUCUCAAGCUCGGUGAAGCUUUUGCUUUCUGUCAUGCUACGCUCAGAUGAGCACGGCCGACCAGCCUUGGGGAGAGUGAUACUGGUGGUGAUACUGGUGGUGAUACUGGUGGUGAUACUGGUGGUAGGGGGUGGGAGCAACUUUCUGCCUCUUCUUCUUCUUCUUUUUCACUGCACUGCUUCCUCUUUCCGACUUCGCUGAUCACUCUAGCCUGAAACGUCAUCAUCAGUGGUGCGUUCACACGCUCAAUUUCCCACGCUGAGGCCCACUGCAUGAUUGAUGGGGGCAUCCCUGUGGCUUGGUGGGUGCUUCAACAGAAACAGCAUAUAUUUAUCCGCUAUUCCAUGUAAAUUAGGAUGACAUUUAUUUACAUAUGUCUUCCCAUUAUAUUAUAUUACAUUACAUUAUAUUAUGUUAUAAAAUCAAAAUGUGAUUGACAAAAUAUUUAUAAUAUUUUCUAAAAAAAAAUACAAAAAUAAAAAAUCCAUUCACAUGUUCACUACAAUAUACUAUAUUUUUAAAGCAGAAAAAAUGCAAUUCUGUUGACAUGCAUAAAAUCCAUUGACUUACACAUAGUACAAUUUCAACAUUUAGAAUAAAAUUGUACAAAAAAUGGAAAAUAAAAUGUAAAAAAAGAACAAAAAAGUAAAAUAUUUAAAAUAAAAUCAAAAUCCAUUGACUUACACACAGUACAAUUUUAAUACUCAGAAUAAAAUUGUACAAAAAACAGAAAAUAAAAUGUAAAAAAAGAACAAAAAAAGUAAAAUAUUUAAAAUAAAAGCAAAAUCCACUGAAAAAUGUACACUGUAUCCUAAAACAUUUAAAAAUAAAUAUUUAACAUACAGUUUUUAAAAAAAAAAACCCAUUGAUGUAUAUUACAGUAGGUGUGUCACAAGAUCUCAUGAGAUGAAAAAACGUGGCCCUUUUGUGAGUCAUACAGUGGUCUUUGUCUCGGUGGGUGGAGGCGGGGCCUCUUGCGCACACAGAGUGCAUAUGAGCAGAUAUAACAUAUACAGUAGAUUGCAAUAUAUUAUCAUAUUAUCAUGCAAUAUAUUAUCAUCAUCAUCCAUCCGUUUUCUUUGCCGCUUAUCCUCGCUAGGGACGCGGGGGUACGCUGGAGCCUAUCCCAGAUGACUUCGGGCGAGAGGCGGGGUACACCCUGGACUGGUCGCCAGCGGGGCACAUAUAGACACCCCUAACGGCACCCCCUAACUAGUAUGUGAUGUACACAUACUAGUAUGUAUGAACAGAAUGACUGAGCAAAACAAGCCGGAGUUGAUCAAGUCGUAGCGUUGCGGUGUAGUAGAACAAAGUGAUGGAGUUGUGGGAGUGAGCCCUUCAAAGUAGACAUAGAAAUCUUCAGGUGAAAAUAAUGAAUAUUAGAUGGUAUUGGAAGGGAAACUGCAAUGUGCUUCUUGGUGUGAUUUGAAAGAACAGGAAGAUGUCAAAAUAAAACAAAACAAAAAAUACCUGGCCAGAAAAGCAACAACUUUAAAAAUAUUUUUAAAUAUGUUUUAGAGUAGUAAAUUAUUGUAGUAAUAUUUAGUAUAGUAUUUUUUGCAUAUUUUUAGUUUUUCCCUCUUUGGGGUAUUUAUAUUUAUAUAAAUGUUGUUUUGUUCAAUUUUUUUUUUAAAAGAGGAUGAUCAAUUAUACUGGAAAAUAAUAUUACAUUCAUAUAUUUAAUAAUAUAAACAAAAAUAGCAAGCUAAAAAUAUAUACAAUUAUUUGCAACAUUUUUACAAUAUUAGAAAAUAUUAAAGAUAUGCAACUACAUUUUUUAACAAUAUUACAAUUGACAUAAUAUGUUGGAAAUAAACACAUAUACAAGUAAUUAAUAAUAAUUUUAAUGUAUUUAAAUUUCACAUACUAAUAAAAUAAUAACAAUAAUAAUUAAAACAUAAAAAAAUAAUUCAUGUCAGAGAUUUUGAGAGUGAGUCAAAAGGCCUUGUAGUGAUGAGACUGCAAUGUGCGUCUUGGUAUGAUUUGAUUGAUUGAAGCAACAAUUAGUCCAGCAGGGCCCUCCCAGGUAUUUCCUUAUCAGGUGCAGCCUUCUUCCCAACGUGCUCAGCCUUUUUUUUUUUUUUUACAACACUCCCUGUUUACCGAGCAAGCCUCCAUUCUACCUGCCGCAUUCACCUUCCUGCGUCUCCAUUAUGAGCGAGCCGGGUCUCGGCCGCAGGUCACCUUUUUUAUCAGGUGUUUGCGGGGCCGCGACGCUGGAGGUCAGCUGCAGAAAUAAAUUCCACAAACAAUCUUAGAGGAGAGGGGCGAGGAAUUUAUUUGGGCAGGUGUGUCUCACCGAGGGCUGUUUGCGUAGGUUUUGUGUGUCAGGAAGUGUCACAUGACCCGACUGCUUUUAUUGUUUUAUGUAACUGUGCCCUACUUUUUUUCCUUCUUUUUUUU